AUGCCGCGAAGAAAAGCCGCAGACCGGACAGGUCCCAUCAAAACUCGAUCCCGCGAUGGUUGCAAAGAAUGCCGCACGAGCCGAGUCCGUUGCGAUACCAAGAAGCCCAUAUGCACACGCUGCUGGGAGAAAGGGUUGCCAUGCACCAAAAAUCUGGUCCUGAAAUGGGAGUCGGAAUUCACCAGCCGGGGGAUGGCCUUCGGACGUGCUGGUGUGUGGAGCAAAGCAGGGGGUAAUCAGCCCACGCCUGGCUCCCUUUCUUCGAAUGAAGUGCAUGAGUGGCGCCCGUUGCCGACGGUUAGCCCCUGGGGGUUUAUUAACAGCAGUCUUGCAACAUUCGAACGCCCGGAUGAAGUGGAUGUUGAUUUCAACGAGCUCAACGAGCUAAUCUCGGUUACUCAAGGCUCCCAGGACACAACAGACCAACUUUGGUCUUGGUUGCGACAUUUUCCACAUCUUGCCGAAAUCACUGCGACCUACAAUCUCACUCUUCCACCAUCUCUUGCAUUAUUUCCCGAGCUUUCUCAAUCGGGUCAUGGGGAGCUAUUUGAUUAUUAUCUCCAGCAAGUCUGCCCCCGGACUGCUGCCAGCUCUACGACUUCGUCGCCAUUCGCAUCGGUGAUUCUACCCUUCUGCCUAUCCGCCUCCCCUACUCUGUUCAAAGCGAUUCAGGCACUGGGGGCAUGUCACUGGUCAAGGCUCAAUCCAAGCUAUGGCUCCAUCGGCCUGCGCUAUAAAUCGGAAGCUCUGAGAGAUCUUCGCCAACGUCUUUCGUCCGAGGGGACACUGACAUGCUCGAUGGAUCCCGAAGUGCUCGUGAUCAUGAUUAUGCUCUGUCUCUACGAGAUAGUGGACAAAUGCGACCAACAGUGGACCAUUCAUCUUAAGGGUGCCAAUGAUUUGAUCCGACUCCGGAGAAAGCAGCAAACUGCACUGUCUAAAUCCACGGUCCCGUCAGAUCCUGUCACGAGUUUUGCAGAGCAAUUCUUCGCCUUCCAGGAUGUCAUGGGUCGCACUGCUUGUGCCAAGGAGGUAUUGUUUGGCACUGACUACUGGAAGCCCGACGAACGCAACAUCGAUCUUUGGAUGGGCUGUAGUCCCGAGCUGGUCUCUAUCUUGGCCAAGAUUACAGAUAUGAGCCGAACAAGGCGACAAUACACCUCUGAAGAAGACAAGUCAACCUACUUCAUGCGAGCCGCCUCUCUUGAAAGACAGUUAGAAAGCUUGGUCCAAGAGGUGGGGGAUGGUGAGGAUGAGGUCCUUGCAAUCGUUGCAGAUGCCAAACGCCUAGCAGCCAUGCUGUAUUUACACUGUGCUUUGUAUGGGUCCGAUCCCACUACACCCUUGGUGAAAAGCUAUGUGCGCCAGAUCCUGCGCCUCAUAUUAAAUCUUCUUGAUCGCCAAUCGACUGCCAAUGUCGCAUGGCCAGUCUUUGUGGCCUCUGUUGAGCUUGACCCCUCUGAUGAUGAACUCAACCCAGGCUCCGAGACAGACUCGGGUUCGGGACGGGCGAUUGUGUUGCGCUCUUUGGCCACAAUGGCGGACUCGACAAUCUCCAACAUUGCUAGAACACGUGCCGUGAUCACGAAGCUGUGGCAAACGCGUGAUUCUGAUAUGAUAAAGGGAGCGGCUCCCCAAAAUCAUUGUAAUGACUGGGAAUGGCAUGUAGUGCCUAUCAGUAAUGCCAUGAGCCUCGCCUGA